AACAGUCAUCUUGAUCAAGCUCCCUUUAUAAUAUAUAACUGCUUUCUCACAUCUUCCACACCCAACACAAUUCAAUUCCCCCCCUCCCCUCUCUCUCUGCCUCUUUACUUAUUCUACAUAACAAAAGCAUGGAGGACCUGAACAUAACCCCAUUUCCAGUUUCUUUGCCCCAAGAGACCCCAUCAUUAACCCUUCAACAAAGGCUCCAAUUCAUACUCCAAAGCCAACCAGACAGGUGGGCAUACGCCAUUUUGUGGCAAACCACACAAAACGAUAAUGGCCACCUCCUCUUGGCUUGGGGAGACGGUCAUUUCCAAGGCGCCCAUACCAAAGACACAGACCCUAAAUUCUCAAACACCAGCACCUAUCCCCCAGUCAUUUCGAUGCUACACCCCGAAAUAAGAAAGUCCAUGAGGGGUAGUACUAUCCAGCCCAUGGUUGGUGAAAACCGCCAAGUUAGUGAUGACAACCACUUAAACGCCGACCUCACAGAUGUCGAAUGCUUCUACGACAUGUCUUUAACUCGUUCAUUCUCUGUCGGGGAUAGUAUGCCCGGCAAGGCUUUCGCUUUUGAUUCUCUAGUGUGGUUGUCCGGUGGCCACGAGCUCAAGUUCUACAACUGUGAGAGAGCUAAAGAAGCUCAAAUGCAUGGGAUUGAGACCUUUAUUUGUAUCCCAACCUCAACUGGAGUUCUCGAAAUGGGUUCUCCGAUCAUUAUCAGAGAGAACCGUGGCUUAGUCCAGCAAGCCAAGUCUCUAUUUGGGAGGGAUCUCACUGGCUUGGUACCUAGGCAACCAAGCCCAAAUUUAGUUCCAAUUCAGUUUCUUGACCGAAACAUUUCUUUUGCAGAUAUUGGCAUAACUAACAGCAUUCAAGAAGAGGACAAGUACUCAGAUCAACUAGAAAAGAAAGGAGUGAUAGAAGCAAAGAAAGCAGACUGCAUCAAUGGUGGGCAAUCUUCAUACCUUUACUCGGAGCAUGUCUCUGAUUCUGAUCGUCCAGUAAUCUUCGUGAACAUGAUAGAGAAGAAAACCCCCAAGAAAAAAGGGAGGAAACCUAAACUCGGCCGCGACACGCCGUUGAACCACGUCGAGGCAGAGCGGCAGCGGCGAGAGAACAUGAACCACUGGUUCGACGAACUGCGAGCAGUGGUACCCAUCGUGUCUAGGAUGGAUAAGGCAUCUCUGCUGUUAGACGCUGUGUCGUACAUCAAUGAGCUCAAGACCAAGAUCGACGAGUUGGAAUUGGAGUUUCAAAGCAAGCCUAAGGAGGCCGGGAAGUUAGAACACGUUGAUACCAUCGACAACCAAAGCAGCACCACCACCACCACCUCUGUCAACCAUAUCCCUAGGUCUAACUCAAGCGAAUUCGGGCUCAAGGUUGAAGUCAAGAUUAUAGGACACGAUGCCAUGAUUAGGGUUCACUCGGAGAAUUGUAAUUACCCGACAGCACAAUUAAUGGUUGCUCUCCGUGACCUAGAGUUCCAAGUCCUCCAUGCGAGUAUCGCGUGUGUGGAGGAGCUCAUGCUUCAAGAUGUGGUGGUUAGGGUUCCCGAUGGAUUGAAUACUGAAGAAAGUCUCAAGGUUGCUCUUCUAGAAAAACUAAAGCAAUAAGCUGGUUAAUUACUAGUAUUUAAUGUGUUAUUAUCUACAUGUAUAAGCGAAAAUUAGAAUUCGUAAUAUUUUUGCCUUAAUAAUUUAAUACCUAUCACCUUAAUUAUUUUC